AACCUCAAAAAAGUGCACGUGUGUUUGGAAAAUGAUGAGCGUUCGGACAUUUCGGAUCCGAUCCAGGUCGUCGGUCGUCUUCGUUUGUGUUCGUUGUUCAAGCACCGUGUCCGGUGCACGCAAUUUCACUUUCAUCUCGGUCUCACUCUCUACGUUGAAGAUGUUCUGUGGAUGGUUGUUCUUCCUGAUUUGCGCUUUAUCCACAUACGUUGUCUUCGCUGAUAUUGACUAUGCGUUAGAAUGUGACCCGGGCUAUCGAAUAUCAGCAAUUCGACGUACGAAAACCUAUUAUAACGUGUUAGGCUCGUUGACGAUCGAGUGUGAACAAAUUGCCCGCCCAGAUUAUACGACAUGCGCCAAACAGCCGAGUAUACCGAAGUGUAAUGGACAACUAGAAGGAUGUCACGGCGACACAUGGCUUGGCGGCUUCCACGCCUAUCUUCUCGAAAAUUCUACGCAGGCUAUUGUGUUAGAUCCUGUCUGUUGCUCGUCACCACAUGUUCGAAUCGAUCCAACAUCAUGCAUUAAUGAUCAAAUCAAUAUAGCAACACUAGAUUUUGCGCAUUCGCUGGUAGCGGAUUUGACAUACCGCGGUUUACAAUGCUGGCAUCAAUACAACACCAAUCGAACCCUUGUCGAUCUUCUUUGGAAAACUGAAAUUUGCCCCUUCCAAUCGGUUGACUUUCCCAUAAUCACAACUGACCCGUUGUGCGAAGAGUGCAGUUGUGCGUGCGGUGUGGAACAAUGUGCCACAGGAGUUGAACCAGUACGAAUUAUACAUAAGAAACGAAUACAGUCUAGAUGCGGAUGUGAUUGUAGAUGCUCGUAUAAAUGUAUCAAAUUUGACUGA